AUUUUUGUAUGUAAUAUGCAAAUAUACAUAAUACAAUAGAAACGUUUUAGAAAAAGCUGGAUAGAGAUAAAAUUAAGCCUUUAGAUUAAAAAUAUAUACAAUAACUUGAGAUAGUGAUUAGAAAGAACAUUGCCAGAUUCAAGCUGUCGGACUCAAAAUAAAAUUUGCCCAUAAUAAGCUACAAAAGAGGCUGUGUGUGAACGCAGUCCCACUUAACUUUAUACAAAGCAGCACUGGCGGCUUCUAUUAUGAUGUGGUAUAUGUGAUCAGCCGUUCACGAUCGGGAGUGGAAUUGAUUACGCAUUCUCGUGGUAACAUAAGAAAUGCAUACAUUUGUAAAUACCAUAACAGCUGAGAGAAGCUUCACUUACGAAUUCAAUUGAGUGUGCGGAGAGUUGCUUGCUUGUGCAAUUUGUUUUACGCUAAAUAUAAAUAUAAUGUUUUGUUUAAUCAUUUAUACAGAAUGAAUUUACAUACUUAUAUGCACAUAUGAAUACUUAUAUAUAUACAUAUGUUAGAAUAUAUUACUCUAUACGUUGAUUGAAUUGCGUUUAUACGUGAGAACGAGUGUUUUAUUUUUGUUUAUAUGCAGCACGCGAGCGGAGUCUCUGAGUGCGAACGCCUGAGUGGGUUCGAGAGCCGUUGCUUGGUUCGAAUAAAAGUGCAGUAAACACAGUUUUCAGUUUCGAUUUAUACGCACGUCGUGUUGUGCCCUUGCAGCUGUUUACACUCUGUGAACUUGUUUCUUUAUUAAUCAAUUUCUGACACUCAUUAGUAUUGCAUAGAAAAAACGAAAUCAACGACAAUAAUCGAACUCUACUUUGUCGACGGAAAGUGUUUUUAUAAUCAUAAUUCCACCAGCAAAUGUGAAUUCGACUUACGUGGGGUGGAGAGCACAGUGAUUACAUUCAUACAAAUGUGUAUCUGCUAAUGUCUAUGGUAUAAUUGCAACCACACCACUAUUCGAUGCGAAUGUAUGGGCAAAUUUCAAAUUCUUCAAAAUUUGAUGUUAAUUUCUGUGCGUUAUCGGCUCACUACGACGACCUAAAUAGGCAGUUAGCUACCAUACUUCCUCGAGUACAUUAGCCUAUGAACUGAGCAGAAAGCUCGCAAAAGCGAACCCCUGAAUGUGUGCACUAAGUGCUUAAUGAAAAAAUAAACCACAAAGAAUAAAAACAUAAUUAUUUGAAUGAAUACAAAUCGGCGGCGACGUCCAAAGUAGUGUUUGUUGUGAAUCCUUCACUUUGCGUUCCUUUAUGUCCCUCACUUCCGUUGCGUGCAACUGCGCAUGUGUUAAUUAAUUGGUGUCACAGCAAAUGCUGACUAACGUUGGCCAUUUACACAAAAAUCUGAAAAUAAGAAAUACGUUUUAUUUACAAGUAUUAAAUAAUGCCAUGAUACAUCAUAAAUUAUAGGAAAGUUAGAUUAUAAUUAAGUGCACCGUGUUUAAAUGUAAUAAGAAAUUCACUUCGUUAUCCACAUUCAAAGCAAAUCUAAACAAAGUUUAUGAGAGUAAAUUCAGUGUAUGUGUAAAUUGAAGAAAAUAUAUACAGAUGUACAUAUACAAUUUUCCUAUUUUUCUUUGUUUAAACGGCCUUUAUUUAAAAUAUUAAAGUAAGCAGUUUUGCAAUUUUCUACGCGUGUGAGUGUCAAAAACGCAAUCACCUCAUUAGGAAACCAUCAAUAUAUUUUUAAUCUAUAAUUGCGAUUAGAUUUGUUUAUUGACAAUUCGAAUUCCUUUUAAUAAAUUGUGCAUAAUUACGUAUGUACAUAGAUUCUGUAUACAUAAGUAUAAGAAAUUAAGCCAACAGUUGUUCACAACUCAACACUGCCUUCGAAACAAAAGAAGUGUAUUAAUGAAAAAAAUGUUUCGAAAUUUAUCAAUUCCUAUGCCGACUAUAAUCGUUUUGUUCUUAAUAACGGUUGAGCUACUUGCGUCGACGGAAGGCGUCCCGCGUCAUCAUCAGUACGCCAACAAUGGCAAAUCAGCUGUUUCUGAGGAUACAGUGUACAAUUACCUAAUGGAGUUUGAUUAUCUCCCUAAGUCGGACAUCGAGACAGGAGCGCUGAGAACCGGAGAGCAGCUGAAGGAUGCUAUACGGAAUCUACAGCGCUUUGGCAACAUUCCGGCCACAGGGGAAAUAGAUGAGGCCACACAAAAACUGAUACACCGGCCUCGAUGCGGUGUGGGUGACAGCACUCAAACAGCCAAUUUCUCGCCAGAUAAUCUACAAUACGGACAUCAUCGUAUGAAGCGCUACGUACUGCAGGGACCCAAAUGGGAUAAGACGGAUUUAACAUGGAGUUUGGUGAAUUGGACAAUGGAGAAUGCCCCACAGGUUCGCAGAGUACUUACAGAAGCUCUUAGUGUGUGGGCUCACAGUUCCAAAUUGACUUUUAGAGAAGUGAGAAGCGAUCAAGCCGAUAUCCAAGUGCUUUUUGCCCGCGGAGACCAUGGCGAUGGCUAUAAAUUCGAUGGACCUGGUAUGGUGCUUGCUCAUGCUUUCUACCCCGGAGUGGGUCGCGGCGGUGAUGCACAUUUUGAUGCCGAUGAGAAAUGGCAUUUUAGCAGGGGCGAAAGAGGCGAUUCAACAAACUUUCUCGGCGUAGCAGUUCACGAAUUUGGGCACUCCUUGGGUCUCGGACAUUCCUCUGACCAAAACGCUAUUAUGUAUCCAUGGUAUCAUGAUAAUGAAGUUGACAUUAAUCUUCCUGCUGACGAUCGCAAUGCCAUUCAACAGUUGUAUGGUUCAAAAGAUAAGACAUGGGGACCCUUUAAACCUCAAAAUCGACCAAAAACUCCACCCACAACAACAACUACUACAACCACUACACGACGACCUCUAGUAUAUUAUCCACACCGACCCAACGAACCUUACGACCCACGACGAAGGUAUCCUUAUAACAACAAUCCACACCAACGUGAUCGUGAACCUCCAACCACAACGACUUAUAGGCCACGCACUGACUCCGCUUCCUACCCAACCAGAAGUUGGUAUCCGCGUCGUCAACCAACUAAGCCAAAAAAAUUGAAGCCCGAUACAUGUCACACCACUUACGAUGCUAUUUCGAUCAUACGUCGAGAAAUAUUCAUAUUUCGUGGCCAGUUUCUAUGGAGGAUUGGUGAUCACGGCUUAUAUCCAGGCUACCCAACAGAAACCCGUCGACUGUGGGCUCAGUUACCUGAGAACUACUCCAAAGUCGAUGCGGUAUAUGAAAACAAAGAGCGAAAAAUUGUUUUCUUUAUUGGUCGUUACUACUUUGUCUUCGAUUCAGUUACGUUAGUUCGUGGUUAUCCGCGACCACUCACCUAUUUAGGACUACCGCAAUCGCUUACCCACAUAGAUGCCGCUUUCGUUUGGGGCUACAAUAACCGCACAUAUCUCACCAGUGGCACUUUAUAUUGGCGAUUAGAUGAGGAUACCGGGCGUGUCGAAUUAGACUAUCCUCGCGACAUGUCUAUUUGGCGUGGUAUUGGUUACAACAUAGACGCCGCCUUCAAGUAUAGUAAUGGUAAAACGUAUUUCUUCAAAGGCUACGGCUACUGGGAGUUCAACGACGACUUAAUGGAAGUUGCGCACCCACGUCCAAAGCUCAAUGCACGCAAGUGGAUGCACUGUCCACGCCUCGUCAACGAAGUCGAUGAGGAGCAAACGUGGACAGCGCCACUCAUAUCCGAACGAAAUGAAACAAUGAUUUACUAUUCGCCUACUAGCACUGCCAGUUGGAAUCAGGCCGAACGGGGGAUGGCUCUCUGGAUUGCCCUUUUCCUGAUAUCGUGCUGGUUCUGGACAAAUAUAUCAUCGACUACAGUCUGAUAAGCCUAUAAACGCAACAUUUACCAUAAUGAAUUUGAGUUUUAAAAAUCAACGUAUUUUCAUAGAUAUCCUGAUAUAUUAAAUGCGGUCUUAGUUAAGUACAUUGCGUCGUCAUACACCUACAUACAUGUGUAUACCGUAGACAUUCAAACAAAAUCAUAGAAUUAGUAAUUUAGUAUGUCAUAAGUACCAUAUACAAGUAUAAGCAUAUCCGAAAACUUGUCGUUGGAGGAAAAUAGUUCAUUUACACUAAAUUUGCAUAAUUCACUAGUUCUGUACAUAAGAAUAAAUAUAAAUAAAUUCAGACUCACAAUUAGACAUAAGUACACGCACAUACUUUACAGAUCUCAAAGGAAAAGUAAAAUAAACCAUGUGUUUAGAUAAACAUAUUACGCGACUCGAAAUGCUUACGUUUAUGCCAUUAUUAUGGAGCAAAUUUCAGCAAGUACGAAUUGGCCAAGUUCAGACAGAACCGGGCAUUACAUAUUCUUGACCAGAUUUUAAACACGAAAAUAGUUAGUUUCGAGGUUACCAAUAUUUUGCCCCCGUUUAUGCCAUUACGCACUUAUGCUAGAUUUAUUUUUAUUAAAUUUAUCAGAGUUAAUACCUAAGUAAAAUAUUUGCAAAAAGUGUCUUCUCUUUUUGUAUAAUUAAAAAAAUUUAUUGCAGGAAGAACCAAAAUGUGCCCUAUCCCAGUUUAAAGAAUAUUUGUACAUUUCUGUCUCAAUAAUCUUACCUAAACAGACCUAAUUCUUAUGUAAUGCUAUGCCCCAAAACUGAAAAGUUGCACAUAUUUAGUUUCGUAAUAAACUCGGCGUAGCUCACUUUUCUAUUCAAUCUGUAAAUCUAUUGUUUUUGUUGUGGCCCGGAUAUUCGGAUCCGUUUCAUUUGCGUAGAACCGAUUAUCGGGAGAAGGUAGUGGGAGUGCAUAACAUUAAAGAUUUGGCUGAUAUCCAAAAUUAAAUGAAAUAGCUUAGAUGUAUUAACAGUUCCCGCUUUAAGGACUAAGGCAAUAUGCUUAUAUAUUUCCCUUGCCACAUAACUUAAAUUUAUCUUCAUUUAAUCGCUCCUUAUUCUUACGAGGUUCUUUGGGUAUGCAUGAUCUACAAUUCGUCUAGACUUAACACUUUUUUACUUGUUAAUAACUAUUUAUAUUUAAGUAUAUUCUAUUCAAAAUCACUAAAGCUGUAUUUUCCAUGUACAAUUAAGAAUAUUGCAAUGCAUUACAUAACUACGUAUACAUACAUAUAGGCUUUUACAAUUUUUUUUACUUGAAUUAUUAAAUAAACAUGAAAUAUGUGAUAUUACCCUAGUUAAGUCAAUGCCAGCAAAUGUUUGCAUUCAUCUGUUUUCAUCAUGUGUAGAUUAAACUAAGAUCCACAAAUUUAGUUUAAUAUAAUUUUAAAAAAAUACAUAUAUAUAUUUCGUAAAUAAAUAUUAAUAAUAUUAUUGAAA